ACGAUUGGCGCUAGAUUAUAUAUAGCAGAAAAGAGAAGAUAACGUUGGAACAUAAAGCCAAGUGUUGGAACUGAGAUGGAGUUAAAACAGCUUGAGAUUAGGCAACCAAAGCUGUGUUUCAAUCCUCCACUUCCUCGGACUCCAACUAGUCAUCUAUACACACAAUGUCUGUAUCUAUUUCCAAACUCAAAUCUAUAUCUAUUUUCUCCGCUCAGAAAUGUGCAAGCCCAGUAUCGCCGGUGGGACUCAAACGCUGAAAGCUUUCGAGCCCAGAACUUCAAUUUUAAUCCAGAGCCCAAUAAGAAUGAUGAUGAGGAUGAUGAGGCUGGUCAAUGGUUGGAGGUCUUGGAGGAGCUUAUUGAUGGGGCUUGGAUAAUUCCGGUAUUCAGAUCUUUUGGUUGGACACUACCAGCAAUAAUCUCAUCAUUGCUAAUAACUUCAGGACCGAAAGCUUUCCUUAUGGCCCUAGCUGUUCCUCUGGGGCAAUCGAUUCUUUCAUUAGCAUUUCAAAAGAUUGUAGGAAAGAAAAGCAAACCAAAGCGCAAGGCGAGGACUAGGAGAAAACCACGCACUCGGCCUGCAAGAAAUGUGAGAUUCGAAGAGGAAGAAGAAAAAGAAGAAGAAGAAGCAAAGGAGGGUUCCAGAAAUGAUUCAAUGGGUUAUCAAACCUGGGUAGGUGGAAAUGAUGUUCGAGACGACAGUGACAGCCAAAGCUCGCCUAGAUUUGGUGGAUGGGACGAUCUAGAUAGACAGUCUAAAUCUUAUAAAGGAUCUGAUAAGAAUUUUGCUCAAAAUACAGAUAGACCACAGAGGAGCAAAUUGAGUAGGGGAAGGAGGAAAGGUGAAACACCUUUACUUCUAAGGUUGCUGAUUGCAGUUUUCCCAUUCUUGGGUUCGUGGACAAAAAUUUUGUAAACAUUUUAGGGAUGUUAAUAUAUCGAAUAGAGCAGAACUUUCUCCCUCUACCUAUAAGCUACCACAUGGUCGCCAAUUUGAAUUAUUUGUUAUUCAAAUAUAUUGAAAUUCAUUUAUGUAUAAAAGGGCAUGCUGAAUUAGCCGCA